UGAUGAAUACCUAUAGAUAUGAUGAAUUGACAUUAUUAUUUAUUUAUAUAUUUAUUUUAAUUUUAAUCUGACGAAAUAAGGAAGCUUUGAUCUCGUUUAAUAACAAUAAUUGAGGGAAAAAAACGAUCCGGUGAUUUAGUUUUAGGUUUAAACUUAAUUAAUUAUCCUUCUUAUUAAAUUAAUUUUGAUUAAUUUAUAUUAAGGCAUAAUGACCGGUGGUGACGGUGACGGAGAUGUUACCGCAGCUCCGCCGCUAGACUGGAAAUUUUCUCAGGUGUUCGGUGAACGCACCGCCGGUGAAGAAGUACAAGAAGUUGAUAUCAUAUCUGCUAUAGAGUUUGAUAAAAGCGGUGACCAUCUUGCAACUGGUGAUCGUGGGGGAAGGGUGGUAUUAUUCGAGAGGACUGAUGCAAGAGAGCAUGGUGGAAGCAGAAAGGAUUUAGAGAAGGCUGAUUAUCCCAGUAGUCGGCAUCCGGAGUUUCGUUACAAAACUGAGUUCCAGAGUCAUGAACCUGAGUUUGAUUAUUUGAAGAGUUUGGAGAUUGAGGAGAAAAUUAAUAAAAUCAGAUGGUGCCAAACAGCUAAUGGUGCUCUUUUUCUUUUGUCUACCAAUGACAAAACUAUCAAAUAUUGGAAGGUUCAAGAAAAGAAGGUUAAGAAAAUUGCGGAGAUAAAUUUGGACACUUCCAAAGCUGUUGGAAAUGGAAGUAUAGGCAAUUCUAGUGUUUCUUUGAGCCAUAAGUCUUCACAUACAGCAAAUGGAGAGUGCACGGAUAAUACUUACGCUAGUUUGAACAAGGACUUUUCUUCCUUAGGGGCACUCCAGUCAUUGCGUUUACCUGUGGUAGUAACUAGUAAUGAGACAAGCCUUGUUGCAAGAUGUAGAAGAGUGUAUGCUCAUGCACAUGAUUAUCAUAUCAAUUCUAUCUCAAAUAACAGUGAUGGUGAAACAUUCAUCUCGGCUGAUGAUCUUCGGAUUAACCUUUGGAAUUUGGAAAUUAGCAAUCAAAGUUUCAACAUUGUUGAUGUUAAGCCUGCGAAUAUGGAGGACCUCACUGAGGUGAUUACAUCAGCUGAGUUUCAUCCUACUCACUGCAACACACUAGCAUAUAGUAGCUCAAAAGGGUCCAUUCGCCUUAUUGAUUUGCGUCAAUCUGCCUUGUGUGAUAGACACUCUAAAUUGUUUGAAGAACAAGAAUCACCUGGUUCAAGAUCUUUCUUCACUGAGAUAAUAGCUUCUAUUUCUGAUAUUAAGUUCGGAAGGGAAGGAAGAUAUAUACUAAGCCGUGACUACAUGACCCUUAAGUUAUGGGACAUCAAUAUGGACUCUGGUCCAGUUUCAACCUUUCAAGUUCACGAAUAUUUAAGACCUAAGCUUUGUGACUUGUAUGAAAAUGAUUCAAUUUUUGAUAAGUUUGAGUGCUGUCUAAGUGGCGAUGGUCAACGUGUAGCAACUGGUUCUUACAGCAAUCUGUUCCGUGUAUUUGGCUCUGGUCCCAGCAGUUCGGAAGCUACUACCCUGGAAGCUAGCAAAAAUCCAAUGAGGAGACAAGUGCAGACCCCUUCAAGGCCUUCAAGGUCACUAAGCAGCAGCAUAACCCGUGUUGUUAGGCGAGGAGGAGAGAGCCCAGGAAAUGAUGCAAAUGGGAACUCCUUUGAUUUCUCAACAAAGUUGCUCCACCUAGCAUGGCAUCCUACUGAGAACUCUAUAGCCUGUGCUGCUGCAAACAGCUUGUACAUGUACUAUGCAUAAACCAUGAUUCCAUCCCAUGAAAUGACGUCAGUUUUUCACGACUUUUGUUGGUCUACUUGGAUCAUCCAUCGAAAGUUCCCGCAAAACUUGGAUCAGGGUUCCAGAAGCUUUUAUAAACAUUCAUGGAAACAAAGCAAUAUGACUGGUUUGCUGGUGACAAAAUGUCCUUCUCCACGAAUGUUGACCCUCUUGUUAUCCUCCCAGUUUUCUGCUUCAACCCUCCAUUCUUUCUUUUUCUUUUUUGACAAAAAGUUAGAUUUAUUGCAACAGGGAUAUUCUUGUUUUGUUUGUUUGUGUUAUUCUGGGUUGAAGUAGCGAAAACAUAGUGGGAUUGUAGCCGAGAAAAGGAUGGAUGUCAGAAUAUAUAUUGCGCUUAGGGGUUAAAGUUAAGAUGUAGUUUUAGUUGGGAAGGAGCUUUGCUGCUUGCUUGCAAUGCAGGCCAUUAAAGUUUAUAUAUUACUUUUAUUAUCAUCACAUCAUAAGUAUUAUUAUUCUCACACAAUAUAGAUUCUUUGGAAUAUUGGAUGAUAUUGUUCUUUUCUUUUGGUUAUUGAUAGAUUUUCAGUUUUAUUGUAAAAGAAAACCGAGUUUUGAAACAA